AUCGCUGCUCGCCUCUCUCAGUUCCUCCAGUCUCCUAUAAAUGAAGUAGCGGAGGGAGUUAUCCGGCCCUUCUCUGUCGCCUCUUCUCAUCUGUUUACUCCAAGUCCUCCGCUUCCUCCUUUGGUCUGCUCCGAUCCCUCCUACGCAAUGCAUCUUCUCCCUGCAAGUGCAGAUCGCUCCACGAGUUAGGGUUUGGUUCUCGAACCCUUAUCGCACCGCUGCGAAACCCUAGGACCCUUCUCGCCUUCGAACCCCCUUUGAAGGCUCGAGUAACCUUUUUGGGACGCGGAAGCUUGUUUUGUUGCGUUCUUCUUCUUAGGUGGCGGGGCUGAUUCCGAUCCGCCCCUCAGGAUCGAAACCAGCUCGGUCGGUUCCAUGGAGACUGCUGCGGGUCUUAACAGAGCCAUUCCGGCGUCCUCCUCCAAUUCUUCAAGGAAGGAGUGGCGCGCCAUGCCGGACGUCCCCUAUCGGAGCAAUGGAGGCGAGGAGCUGGAGCAUGUUGAUACUGCCCAAUCAGCCGAGAGAACAAUACAUGAGGUGCAGGUUGGUGUAGGGACGUACGAUGCAGGCUUCUGUUCAAUUACAAUUGAUAAUGGCGAUGAUAUGUUGCAGCGGAAGCUGCAAGAGAUCACAAGUUUGAGAGAACAGCUUCAGCAGAUGGAGAUUGAACUAGCUAGGGCAAUUGCCAGGUCUGAGAUGAUGGAAUUGCAGAAUAGUUUUGAAGUUAAGCUUAAGGAGCGGAUUGAUAGCAAUAACAACCUGAAGGAGCAACUUCAUGAAAGGGAACAACACAUACUUGAACUCGAGAGGAAAGUCGAAGAUAAAGACAGGGAGCUACGAACUAUGAAAAUUGACAGUGAAGCUGCAUGGGCUAAAGAGGACCUUCUUCGGGAGCAAAAUAAAGAAUUAGCCAGCUUCAGAAGGGAGCUUGAUAACACUGAAGCAGAAAGAGCACAACAUCUUAGCCAAAUUUGCGAUCUCCAAGAACACAUUCAAGGGAAAGACAGUCAAAUUCUUGCAUUGCAGGAGCAGAAUCAACUUGCACAAGAAACGAUUCAUUUUAAGGAUGAACAAUUGAGGGAGGCACACUCAUGGAUUUCACGUGUUCAAGAAAUGGAUGCUUUGCAUACCUCCACUAACCAGUCAUUGCAAGCUGAGCUACGAGAGCGCACUGAGCAGUUUAACCAAUGCUGGAUCGGUAUCCAACGACAGUUUGUUGAAAUGGAUCGUCAUCAUAUGCAAGUCAUACAACAACUUCAACUGGAGUUGUCUGAGGCAAGGGAAAGUGCUGGAAAAUACAAAGAUAACCAACAAGUUAAUCCUGCAAACUCCAUGGAUUCAUCUUCUUAUAAUGCAAACCAGAUUAAUGUAAAAGAUGACAUCAAAUCAAAUGCUCUGUUGGGGUUCAUAUCUGAUGCAAGUGUAGAUGGAACUACAGCGUAUAUUUCAACUUCAAAUUCUUCUUCUAAGAGUGAGCAUGGCCCUGGUGUUCCUCUCCUGCAAUCAUCUCUAAUUGGAACAAAUGGCUUCAUUUCUCCUGGACAAAUUGCCCCUGUGCAUUCUUAUGUGCUGAAUCCCUCAAGUGUUCCGGUCACUAUGGCACUCACCAAUUCACAUAUUCCAAAAUCCCACAUGGAUCAUUAUCAAUCAAUGCCUACCAUUCCAAAUCAUCAACCGUUACAAAAACAGCUGGUACUGGCCCUUUCAGAUGUAUCUCAGACACCUAACCAGAGCAAGGGUUCAUCAAAUCAAACAGAGCACACUCUUAUAGGACCAGAUGCUCAUUAUAGCUUCAAUCUACAUGGUGAAAUACAGUCUGUCCUCCCGGAGAAUCUUAGCAGCCACAGUGAAAAACAAGUGUCUAUCCAUUCAGGCAACAGUUCAGGCGAAGUUCAGGUGCUCAAAUCCAGUGUUAGACAGGCCCCAGCUACCCAACAGCCUCAAGGUGCACUGGAUGAACAUUCUCAUUUGGAUUUUGCAAGAGAAUACUGCCCCUCAGAGAAGAAGACAGAAACUAAGACUGAACACAUUUUACCCAAUGGGAGUCAAUCCCAGGAAGAGGUGUUGAAAUCUGGACAACAGUGCCCUAUUCCUGGCAACGCACAAACUAGUCGAAACUCUGUCAGUUCAAAUGGUACUACAGAAUCUACUAUAUCCGUGGCUCCAAUUUCUGGUACUUUGCUACUUAGUAAAACACCAUUAGAGCCCAAGCUUCUAGAUGAACGAUCACUUUUGGUUUGCAUUGUUCGGGCAAUUCCUGCUGGAUCAGAUGGCAAAAUCAGAAUCAGUACAACACUUCCAAAUAGGCUUGGUAAAAUGCUGUCCCCCCUACAUUGGCAUGACUACAAGAAACAAUAUGGAAAGCUUGAUGAUUUUGUUGCUCGUCACCCUCAAUUAUUUGUUAUUGAAGGGGAUUUUAUUCACUUACGUGGAGGAGCACAACAAAUCAUAUCUGCAACAGCAGCUGUUGCCAAAGUUGCUGCUGCUGCUUCUGCUUCUUCUGCUCCUUAUACAUCUUUACUACCUUCUGUUGCUGUCACGCCAGUGGCCCAAGUCAAUCGCCAAAAAAUGUCACAAUCAGUUGAAUCAAAAGCUGUGAGCUCUGUGCCUUAUGCAGAUGACACUGCAGUGGGUAAUGCAGGAACCCAAUGUGACAGCUGCACCCACAUUUCAACAAGACAAGAUGUCCAUCCAAAUGAUGUCAGAUCAAAUAUUGUUCAAGGACUGUCAGACUUAAGUAUUUUUAAUAAAUUAAAAAAUGUGCAAGAGGUUAGUGGCUUACCAUCUGAAAUCAAACUUGGAAAUUCAUCAGUGGACUCUGCAGUUAGAAAUACAUUAAACCAUGAUAGCAACAUUUUGCAAAACAAAGGGAUGGGCAAUGGAAGACGUAGCUUCGGAGGGAAGCAGCAGGGGAGGUUCUCUGGUUCUGGCUUGAAUUCCCGGCCAUAGUAAGCGUAGCUUGUCAUCAUUUUUCUUCUUCAGGAGGAUGAUGAUCUACUGAUCAGAGGUUAGUUGCUGUGGAACAGAAGCUUGAUGGCCCGUUCCAAACCCCUACGCUUUUCCCUACAUGCUGAAUUUUUGUUCUGAGUUUGUGCCCAGAUUCAUGAUUGGAACUGAUACGCAAAGGAGGAAAAAGGAGAAAAAUUAUGCAACUAUUAGUAUUUAAUUCUUGGAGAGCUUGAUAGAUUGGUUACAUGUUAUUAGCACCUGGUCUCGGUUUCAAUUCACUUCACAAUUUAUUUACCUUCUUUUUAAGUGAAUUAUAGUCAACUUGUUUAAUUGCAAUUUUAUAUGGUCCUUGCCAUUUCAUAA